GUGGACCAGGAGAGCUCAGAGGUUCCCAGUGGUCAGUCUGCCCAGCAGCAUCAAACACAGCUGGACUCCAUAUUUAUGCUGCUGGAGGAGAACAUCGUCACUUUUGUGAAGAACGAGCUGAAGAAGAUGCAGAAGUUUCUGAGUCCAGAUUACCCAGAAUGCUCAGAGAGUCAGAGGGAGGAUGAGGAGGUGUUGGACGGUGACGAGGAAAAGCAGAGGAAGAGCAGCAGAGAUGCAUUUUUGAAGAUCACACUGCACUUCCUGAGGAGCAUGAAGCAGGAGGAGCUGGCUGACUGUCUGGAGAUCAGAACUCGUGCUGACAGGUGUCAGUGUAAACUCAAGUCUAACCUGCAGAAGAAGUUCCAGUGUCUGUUUGAGGGGAUCGCUAAAGCAGGAAACCCAACCCUUCUGAAUCAGAUCUACACACCGCUCUACAUCACAGAGGGAGGGACUGCAGAGGUCAAUAAUGACCAUGAGGUCAGACAGAUUGAAACAGCAUCCAGGAAACCAGUCAGAACAGAAACAACAAUCAGACAUGAAGACAUCUUUAAAGCCUCACCUGGAAGAGAUGAACCAAUCAGAACAUUGAUGACAAAGGGAGUGGCUGGCAUUGGGAAAACAGUCUUAACACAGAAGUUCACUCUGGACUGGGCUGAAGACAAAGCCAACCAGGACAUAUACUUCACAUUUCCAUUCACUUUCAGAGAGCUGAAUCUGCUGAAAGGGAAAAAGUACAGCUUGGUGGAACUCAUUCAUCAUUUCUUUACUGAAACCAAAGAAGCAGGAAUCUGCAGGUUUGAAGAGUUCCAGGUUGUGUUCAUCUUUGACGGUCUGGAUGAGUGUCGACUUCCUCUGGACUUCCAUAACAAUGAGAUCCUGACUGAUGUUACAGAGUCCACCUCAGUGGAUGUGCUGCUGACAAACCUCAUCAGGGGGAAACUGCUUCCCUCUGCUCACCUCUGGAUAACCACACGACCUGCAGCAGCCAAUCAGAUCCCUCCUGAGUGUGUCGGCAUGGUGACAGAGGUCAGAGGGUUCACUAACCCACAGAAGGAGGACUACUUCAGGAAGAGAUUCAGAGAAGAGGAGCAGGCCAGAACCAUCAUCUCCCACAUCAAGACAUCACGAAGCCUCCACAUCAUGUGCCACAUCCCAGUCUUCUGCUGGGUCACUGCUACAGUUCUGGAGGAUGUGUUGAAAAGCAGAGAGGGAGGGAAGCUGCCCAAGACCCUGACUGAGAUGUACAUCCACUUCCUGGUGGUUCAGACCAAACUGAAGAACAUCAAGUAUGAUGGGGGAGCUGAGACAGAUCCACACUGGAAUAAAAAGAGCAGGAAGAUGAUUGAGUCUCUGGGAAAACUGGCUUUUCAGCAGCUGCAGAAAGGCAACCUGAUCUUCUAUGAAUCAGACCUGACAGAGUGUGGCAUCGAUAUCAGAGCAGCCUCAGUGUACUCAGGAGUGUUCACACAGGUCUUUAAAGAGGAGAGAGGUCUGUACCAGGACAAGGUGUUCUGCUUCGUCCAUCUGAGUGUUCAGGAGUUUCUGGCUGCUCUUCAUGUCCAUCUGACAUUCAUCAACUCUGGAGUCAAUCUGCUGGCAGAAGAACAAACUAAAUGCUGGUGGUCUGAAAUGUUCAGAGGCAAAGCAACACAUUUCUACCAGAGUGCUGUUGAUGAGACCUUAAAGAGUCCAAAUGGACACCUGGACUUGUUCAUCCGCUUCCUCCUGGGUCUUUCACUGCAGACCAAUCAGAUUCUCUUACGAGGUCUGCAGACACAGACAGGAAGUAGCUCACAGACGAGUCAUAAAACAGCUGAUUACAUUAAGCAGAAGAUCAGUGAGAAUCUGUCUACGGAGAGAAGCAUCAAUCUGUUCCACUGUCUGAAUGAACUGAAUGAUUGUUCUCUAGUGGAGGAGAUCCAACGGUCUCUGAGAUCAGGAAGUCUUUCCACAGAUGGACUGUUUCCUGCUCAGUGGUCAGCUCUGGUCUUCAUCUUACUGUCAUCAGAAGAAGAUCUGGAUGUGUUUGACCUGAAUAAAUACUCUGCUUCAGAGGAGGCUCUUCUGAGGCUGCUGCCAGUGGUCAAAGCCUCCAAGAAAGCUCUGCUUAGUUUCUGUAACUUCUCAGAGAGAAGCUGUGCAGGUCUGUCCUCAGUUCUCAGCUCCCAGUCCUCUAAUCUGAGAGAACUGGACGUGAGUAACAACAACCUGCAGGAUUCAGGAGUGAAGAAGCUUUCUGCUGGACUGGAGAGUUCACACUGUAAACUGGAGACUCUCAGGCUGAAUGACUGUAACCUCUCAGAGGGAAGCUGUGCAGCUCUGUCUUCAGUUCUCAGCUCCCAGUCCUCCAGUCUGACAGAGCUGGACCUGAGUAACAACAACCUGCAGGAUUCAGGAGUGAAGCCUCUGUCUGCUGGACUGGAGAGUCCACACUGUACACUGGAAACUCUCAGGCUGUCAGGAUGUCUGAUCACAGAGGAAGGCUGUGCUUCUCUGGCCUCAGCUCUGAGCUCCAACCCCUCCCAUCUGAGAGAGCUGGACCUGAGCUACAAUCAUCCAGGAGACUCAGGAGAGAAGAUCCUGUCUGCUGGACUGAAGGAUCCAAACUGGAGACUGGACACACUCAGCCUGCAGCCUGCUGGAGAACGAUGGUUGACACCAGGUCUGAGGAAGUAUUUCUGUGAACUCACACUGGAUCCAAACUCAGCACAUAGAAAACUCAAACUGUCUGACAACAACAGGAAGGUGACACGUGUGGAGGCAGAGCAGUCAUAUCCUGAUCAUCCAGACAGAUUUGACUACUGGCCUCAGCUACUGUGUAGAAAUGAACUGACUGGUCGCUGUUACUGGGAGGUCGAGCGGAGAGGAGGAGUUUUUAUAGCAUUGAGUUACAGAGGAAUCAUCCGGAGAGGAAACAGUGAAGACUGCAGGUUUGGAGGGAAUGAUCAGUCCUGGAGUCUGAGCUGCUCUGAUGGUGGUAAUUACUCUGUCUGUCACAACAACAAAGAAACAGUCUAUUCUUCCUCUUCUUCGUCCUCCUCCACCUCCUCCUCCUCCUCCUCCUUCUCCAUCUCUAACAGAGUAGCAGUGUAUGUGGACUGUACUGCUGGCACUCUGUCCUUCUAUGGAGUUUACUCUGACUCACUGAUCCACCUCCACACCUUCAACACCACAUUCACUCAGCCUCUGUAUGCUGGGUUUAGGUUCUGGUCUGGUUCCUCAGUGUCUCUGAUUAAUCAGAGACCAUACUCUCCUGGAGCUGAACCCAGCUGUAUGUCUUUCAAGAGCAACUGGUCAAAGGAUGCUCUUAUUGAAUUUAAACAAAGGCAUUCAUCUGACAAAAUAGUAGACCAGGAGAGCUCAGAGGUUCCCAGUGGUCAGUCUGCCCAGCAGCAUCAAACACACCUGGACUCCAUAUUUAUGCUGCUGGAGGAGGACAUCAUCAGGUUUGUGAAGAAUGAGCUAAAGAAAAUGCAGAAUGCUCUGAGUCCAAAUGAUCCACAAUGCUUAAAGAGUCAGAGGGAGGAUGAGGAGGUGUUGGACGGUGAGGAAGAAGAACAGAGGAGGAGCAGAAGAGAGGCAUUCCUGAAGAUCACACUGCACUUCCUGAGGAGCAUGAAGCAGGAGGAGCUGGCCAAUCGUCUGCAGAUCAGUAAGACAAUUUCUAUAAAGAUUUAACAUGCUGGAUCAUUUUCGUGUCAGUGUAAACUCAAGCCUAACCUGCAGAAGAAGUUCCAGUGUCUGUUUGAGGGGAUCGCUAAAGCAGGAAAUCCAACCCUUCUGAAUCAGAUCUACACACCGCUCUACAUCACAGAGGGAGGGACUGCAGAGGUCAAUGAUGAACAUGAGGUCAGACAGAUUGAAACAGCAUCCAGGAAACCAGUAAGACCAGAAACAACAAUCAGACAUGAAGACAUCUUUAAAGCCCCACCUGGGAGAGAUGAACCAAUCAGAACCGUGAUGACAAAGGGAGUGGCUGGCAUUGGGAAAACAGUCUUAACACAGAAGUUCACUCUGGACUGGGCUGAAGACAAAGCCAACCAGGACAUACACUUCACAUUUCCAUUCACUUUCAGAGAGCUGAAUGUGCUGAAAGAGAAAAAGUAUUGCUUGGUGGAACUUAUUCAUCACUUCUUUCCUGAAACCAAAGAAGCAGGAAUCUGCAGAUUUGAAGAGUUCCAGGUUGUGUUCAUCUUUGAUGGUCUAGAUGAGUGUCGACUUCCUCUGGACUUCCACAACAAUGAGAUCCUGACUGAUGCUACUGAGUCCACCUCAGUGGAUGUGCUGCUGACAAACCUCAUCAGGGGGAAACUGCUUCCCUCUGCUCGCAUCUGGAUAACUACUCGACCUGCAGCAGCCAUUCAGAUCCCUCCUGAGUGUGUUGGCAUGGUGACAGAGGUCAGAGGGUUCACUGACCCACAGAAGGAGGUGUACUUCAGGAAGAGAUUCAGAGAUAAGAGGCAGACCAGAACUGUCAUCUCUCACAUCAAGACAUCACGAAGCCUCCACAUCAUGUGCCACAUCCCAGUCUUCUGCUGGAUCACUGCUACAGUCCUGGAGGAUGUGUUGAAAAGCAGAGAGGAAGGAGAGCUGCCCAAGACCCUGACUGAGAUGUACAUCCACUUCUUGGUGGUUCAGGCCAAACUGAAGAACAUCAAGUAUGAUGGAGGAGCUGAGACAGAUCCACACUGGAGUCCAGAGAGCAGGAAGAUGAUUGAGUCUCUGGGAAAACUGGCUUUUCAGCAGCUGCAGAAAGGAAACCUGAUCUUCUAUGAAUCAGACCUGACAGAGUGUGGUAUUGAUAUCAGAGCAGCCUCAGUGUACUCAGGAGUGUUCACACAGGUCUUUAAAGAGGAGAGAGGUCUGUACCAGGACAUGGUGUUCUGCUUCGUCCAUCUGAGUGUUCAGGAGUUUCUGGCUGCUCUUCAUGUCCAUCUGACAUUCAUCAACUCUGGAGUCAAUCUGUUGGCAGAGGAACAAACAACAUCAUGGUCUGAUGUGUUCAGAGGCAAAUCAACACAUCUCUACCAGAGUGCUGUGAACGAGGCCUUAAAGAGUCCAAAUGGACACCUGGACUUGUUCCUCCGCUUCCUCCUGGGUCUUUCACUGCAGACCAAUCAGACUCUCCUUCGAGGCCUGCUGACACAGACCAGAAGUAGCUCACAGAUCAAUCAGGAAACAGUUGAGUACAUCAAGAGGAAGAUCAAUGAGAAUAUGUCUGCGGAGAGAAGCAUCAAUCUGUUCCACUGUCUGAAUGAACUGAAUGAUCGUUCUCUCGUGGAAGAGAUUCAAAAGUCCCUGAGAUCAGGAAUUCUCUCCACAGAUAAACUGUCCCCUGCUCAGUGGUCAGCUCUGGUCUUCAUCUUACUGUCAUCAGAAGAAGAUCUGGAUGUGUUUGACCUGAAGAAAUACUCUGCUUCAGAGGAGGCUCUUCUGAGGCUGCUGCCAGUGGUCAAAGCCUCCAACAAAGCUUUGUUGAGUGACUGUAACCUCUCAGAGCAAAGCUGUGCAGCUCUGUCAUCAGUUCUCAGCUCCCAGUCCUCUAGUCUGACAGAGAUGGACCUGAGUAACAACAAGCUACAGGAUUCAGGAGUUAAUCUUCUUUCUACUGGACUACAGGGUCCCCAUUGUAAACUGGAGACUCUCAGGCUGAGUGGCUGUAACCUCUCAGAGAAAAGCUGUGUAGCUCUGUCCUCAGUUCUCAGCUCCCAGUCCUCUAAUCUGACAGAGCUGGACUUGAGUAACAACAACCUGCAGGAUUCAGGACUCAAGCGGCUGACUACUGGAUUGGAGAGUCCACACUGUACACUGAAAACUCUCAGCCUGUCAGGAUGUCUGAUCACAGAGGAAGGCUGUUCUUCUCUGGCCUCAGCUCUGAGCUCCAACCCCUCCCAUCUGAGAGAGCUGGACCUGAGCUACAAUCAUCCAGGACACUCAGGAGAGAAGAGCCUGUCUGCAAGACUGGAGGAUCCACAUGGGAGCCUAGACACUUUUAGCCUGCAGCCUGCUGGAGAACGAUGGUUGACACCAGGUCUGAGGAAGUAUUCCUGUGAGCUCACACUGGAUCCAAACACAGCACACAGAAAACUCAAACUGUCUGACAACAACAGGAAAGUGUCACAUGUGAAGGAGGAUCAGUCAUAUCCUCAUCAUCCAGACAGAUUUGAUCAGUGUCCUCAGCUGCUGUGUAGAAAUGUUCUGACUGGUCGCUGUUACUGGGAGGUCGAGUGGAGAGGAGGAGUUUAUAUAACAGUGAGUUACAGAGGAAUCAGGAGGAGAGGAAACAGUGAUGACUGCAAGUUUGGAAAGAAUGAUCAGUCCUGGAGUCUGAGAUGCUCAGGUGGUGGUGGUUACUGUAUCUGGUACAAUAACAGAGGAACAUCCAUCUCCUCCUCCACCUCCUCCUACUUUGUCUCUAACAGAGUAGCAGUGUAUGUGGACUGUCCUGCUGGCACUCUGUCCUUCUACAGAGUCUCCUCUGACUCACUGAUCCACCUCCACACCUUCAACACCACAUUCACUCAGCCUCUGUAUGCUGGGUUUGGAGUCUGGUCUGGUUCCUCAGUGUCUCUGUGUUCUCAUUAG